AUGGCAGACUCAAUUCCCAAUCCACACCCCAGCCCGACCGAAGAAUUCGAUGAACUCCCUCUUCCUACUAUUAUAACACCCCCGGCAAACCCUAGCAGCAGGCAGAGCCUCGAACGUGAAUCCACAGCAGAUUCGCGCCAAUACGAGGCGGGGCUACACCAGCCCGCGACCGAGCCGCCAGUCGAGCAUCAAAUUCGAUCGCCUCGUGUUCGCUUCGAGUCGAUCAGGCGUUCAAUAAGCAACAGAUACCAUCCUGAUCAUGCGAAUCGCCGCGACAUUUCUGAUCAGUCUGACGCAUCGUCACGCCCUCUGCUGCCGCCCACGGAGCUAAGCGAAAUCCCGUUAUCCGGCUCCGGAACCAUCACCCCGCCGGCCCCCGCAUACUCCCGCAGCGGCCUCGCAACUAGCGGCACGCCCGAAGAAUGGCCUGCUGGUGCCGGUGCCGACUCCGAAAAGAAUGGACACCAGGGUUUUAUGGAGCGGACCACCUCCGCCCGCAAUCGAUUUCUUGCUGCUGGUCAGCUCCUCCGACAGAAGACUCACCGGCUAGGCGAGCGGCUCGGUCGGCCUGAAGAUGAAGGAGAGCCUCUCAAUGCGUCGGUUCUCCCUGAUGACGUUGAAGGAGGGAUCCCCAUGGAGGAGCUCCAAGCACGGCGAGCUCGCCGCGACGCAGACCGAUUGCAAGCGAUCGAAACCGGCGAGACCCUCGUCGAACCUCCGGUCAGUGCCGAGGCUCAUCGUCUGGUGCGCAGCAUGACCCAGGUCCAGGAGAAGCUGAAGCGCAAGCCUCAAAGUGCUUACCAGCGAUCUGGAACUACCACACCGGAGGGAGCCAUCCGAGACUUCGCUACCCGCCGUCGAUCCAGCGGGUUUGCUGGAGGCAGUGGCAUUUUGUCCCAGCUGCUGAAGUUGCAUGCGGCCCAGACUUCGAGCUCUCGUCCCGAGAGUGUUAUCACCGAUGACUCGGACAGCGACACUCAAGUCUCGUCCGGUGCGACAACUCCAAAAAAGGGUUCAUUGUCUCCUUCCCUGCCCACUUCUGGAGCCGUCACCCCUCGCAAGGAAAAGCUCAAGUGGUACAAGAAAUCUGCCCACCUCUCCACCUCAUCGCUGGUCGAUGCUUCCAUGAACCUGAGCGGUGCCAGUCUCCCAGCCGCGGCCGAAGCUGUCCAGGGGGGCAAGAGACGCAGGAAGAACAAGCGCAAGACUCGUCUGGAGGACGAGAUCCGUGUCACUGUUCACAUUGCCGAGAUUCUCGCUCGCCAACGUUACAUUAUGCAGCUGUGUCGUGCACUGAUGCGCUAUGGUGCUCCCACUCACCGUCUGGAGGAGUACAUGCAGAUGACUGCUCGCGUCCUCGAGGUGUCGGGUCAGUUCCUGUACCUCCCAGGCUGUAUGAUCAUGUCUUUCGACGACCCAACAACUCGCACCGCCGAAGUGAAACUCGUCCGCAUGGUGCAAGGCGUUGACCUCGGGCGGCUUGCCGACACCCACAACGUUUACAAGAAUGUCGUGCACGACCUGAUCGGUGUCGAAGAGGCAACUCACGAGCUCGACGAGAUCAUGUCUCGCAAGCCGCGCUUCAACAAGUGGAUCAUCGUCCUUAUGUACGGCUUCGCUAGUGCUUCUGUCGGCCCUUUUGCUUUCGAAGCCCGGCCGAUCGACAUGCCAGUUAUAUUCUUCCUCGGUUGCUUGGUUGGUUUCAUGCAGCAUGUCUUAGCGCCACGCUCCGUCCUCUACUCGAACGUCUUCGAAGUCACGGCCGCCGUUCUGACCUCCUUCCUCGCUCGCGCCCUCGGCAGUAUUCGUAUGAACGGUGAGCCAAUCUUCUGCUUCUCGGCUCUAGCACAAUCGUCAAUCGCUCUUAUUCUCCCGGGGUUCAUGGUGCUCUGUAGCAGUCUGGAACUGCAAUCGCACCAAAUAAUUGCGGGUUCCAUUCGAAUGGUAUACGCAAUUAUCUACUCUCUUUUCCUCGGCUACGGCAUCACUGUCGGUACCACCGUUUACGGCCUUAUGGAUGGCAAUGCAACCAAUGCUUCCUCAUGUUCCAACCUGCAGGUCUGGGGAUCAGUAUACACUCGCGAAUUUCCCUUCGUUGCUGUCUACGCUGUUUUCCUCGCGAUCGUCAAUCACGGCAAAUGGAAACAGAUGCCGGUCAUGGUCGUCAUCGCCGUCUGCGGCUACAUCACCAACUACUUCAGCCAAUUGAAGCUGGGCUCCCAGUCCGAAGUCGCCAACACCGUGGGCGCCUUCACCAUCGGUGUCCUGGGCAACCUAUACAGUCGUCUAUGGCACGGUCAUGCCGCCACUGCUAUCCUCCCGGGUAUCUUUGUACUCGUUCCCUCCGGUCUUGCCUCCAGUGGGUCCUUAAUAUCCGGGCUGCAAUACGCCAAUGAGGUCCGACACAACCUCGAGACCUCCGGCAACAGCAGUUCCACUAGCGAGCUUUCCGAAACAUCGGUCGCUAGUCUCGGUUUCGGCAUGAUCCAGGUCGCCAUCGGCAUUACGGUCGGCCUGUUCAUCGCCGCCCUCGUCGUCUACCCUUACGGCAAGAAGCGGACUGGUCUGUUCAGCUUUUAA